GUAUAUAUUAAACGUUGAAAAGAAAAACACAUUUAGAGUGAGUGCACUGCCUCAAAUUUUAAUCAUCGUUUCUUUGAUGGAAUGAAAGUUGAACCUCUGUUUUAAGUGUUUUUAUAUUUUAAUUUUAAAUUUCGCGCACUCUAGUGAAAAAUCACUGUAUGUACAUUCUCAUGCUCAUAGCUGGAACUAGAGAUCCCUAGCUGGAAUGUAUUCACGAAUUCACGAUUCACGUUGCUGCAUUUUGCUAGUAUGACAGAUUUUCUAACCUGAAUUUAUUUCGCUUUGAGACAGAGUAACGAUUAUUUCUGUCAGAAAUUUCAUUUCUAUACCGAGUCUUCUUAAUAUUGCGCAAAGUGUGCAAUAUUAAAAACUAAUUUGUGAUAUUGGAAUAAAACCAAACUUAUUCUGUGUGUGCCUGUCUCACGAAAAACUAAUAUGAAUCUCCUCCCGAAAACACACGAGCAAUUUAGUCACGCGGAAUAUUGGAACACGUUCUUCAAAAAACGUGGCAAGAAGGCAUUUGAAUGGUAUGGCGAAUAUCCAGAAUUAUGCGACAUACUUACAAAAUACAUCAAACUGAAGGACGACAUUCUAAUUGUUGGCUGUGGAAAUUCCACAUUAAGCAUGUCUUUAUAUGAUGUUGGCUACAGAAAUAUUGUUAAUAUCGAUAUAUCACAUAUUGUCAUUAAACAAAUGCGCGACAUAAAUAAUGAUACAAGGCCAGAUCUGGUGUACGAACAUAUGGAUGCUACGCAAAUGACGUAUCCUGAUGAGAAAUUUAGUGUAAUUCUCGACAAAGGUACGUUAGAUGCUCUAAUGCCAGAUGCCAAAGAAACAACAAUAGUUACAAUUGAUAGAUAUUUUAAGGAAAUUACACGAGUGUUACGGAAUGGUGGCAGAUACAUCUGCAUAUCGUUGUUACAGGAGCACAUUCUGCGUAAGCUCCUAUCAUACUUCCCUACUUCAGGUUUUAUGUUCCGUAUAGCACGAUGCCACGAAGUCGAGUCAAAAGCACGCGCGGAAGAAGGCAGUACGGUUCCCGUCUUCGUGAUUAUUGCUACAAAAUUCAUCAAAUUAUCUCAGACCGUUCUCGAGCUAGCUCUGGUCAAUGGUCCACCUGAACGAUUAACCACGUCAGACGAGAUGGUAUCUGCCGUAUUGUCUGCCCAACAAUCAGCAUUGGUGUGCAACAGUCUCUAUAAGAGAAGUGUCGCUGACGUGGGAGAAGUAUCGCUAGACUUAUAUCGUCCAGGAGACAAGUAUCCACGAUACACCGUUUAUGUUCUUGAUCAACCACGCACGCGUGCAAAAACAUACGCGGCUUUUAUUGUCCCACAGGGAAAAGAAACGGAUUGGUUGUUUGGUACGAAGGAAGGACGACAGCAGGUCCUGAAGAGCGCGCAGCAAGAUAGACUCGCGAUUAUCACCUUACGCAAAGAUCUUGAUUAUGAAAGCUGUGACGCUAUAAAAUUGGAGUUGGAAGAUUGCGUUCGUAAUUUAGCACCAGCCGGCUUGUGCGGCAAAAACGACAUCCCCUUUCUGUCUCUCGGUUCUGAGGUUGGAGUUCGAAAUGUUUGCUACGAAGGAAAGAGCGACUUCAGUGGAUCAUUUGUUAUCGAAGAAGUUGAGAGGGAUGGUCACGAGUUUCGGCGACUUGUGUUCCUGAACAAUCCGUACGUCAUUCAGAGCGAAGCCAGACUAAAGGAAGCAAAAUCUAGACGUGGUAAAACGAAGAAAAUUGCCGAUCCUGGAUUCUUAGCUUGCGAACAUCACAUACAUAUGAGCACUGGCGUGAAUGCGGUAAUUGAUACAAGGGAGCAGGACGAAAUUAUGAUUGUAGGACUUGGCGGUGGUGGUCUUUGUAUGUUUCUACAUCAAUGUUUUCCCAAACUAAAAAUUACUGUAGUUGAAAUUGAUAAUGCAAUGCUAAAAGUGGCUACCGAAUACUUUAAUCUUGUUCUCGAUGAUCGGAUGAAAGUCGAAAUCGCAGAUGGAAUUCGAUACAUUAAAGAUGCGGCAUCCGGCAAAAAGAAAUAUAAGGCAAUACUUUUUGACGUUGAUAGUAAAGACAUUACCGUUGGAAUGAGUUGUCCACCUAAACAAUUUCUCGAAAUGCCAGUAUUGAAAGCAAUUGCAACGUGCUUAACGGAAAAUGGUCUUUUUAUCUUGAAUUUGAUCAGCAGAGAUCGAGGUUUAAAGCAGAAAACUAAAGAUGAUCUAAAAUCGGUAUUUCAAUCGAUCACUUGUCAUGCCAUUAAAGAUGAAAUAAACGAGGUUGUUAUGUGUUCUCUCGAAAAAUACAAUUCAAAAGAAUGGAAAAACAAACUUAGACUCGCCGCCAUCAAUUUGAAUGAACGAGCGACCACGAAAAAAUUAUCCUCUUUCAAGGAAUCAUUCGACGUCUCCACACUUUUAGAAAGUUUAUCUGCGGAUUCUUAAUCGCUUUGUACAAAUAUGUUCGUUAUAACAAAUAAAAAUAAUUGGUUCUAAUAAUUGAAUACAUAUUUUUCAAAA